AUGGCUCGGUGGUCGCCUUCCAUGACAGAGCUUCAUGAGGCUUAUCAACAUUACCUUUCCAAGUCAUUUGGUCCCGUCUUUAUUCCGUCACCUCAAGAUGUAACGGGCUUAUCUCGGAUUUCGAUUUGGGGUUUUCCUCCUGCGGGGGAGGGGGGCCAACCAGUUGCAGACCCAUCCGUCAGCACCACAUUGCCUACCUUUGGCGGUGGCGGCCUCACGACGCUGGGUGACACGCUUCUUAUUGAGGUACUUUCGCACUUCAACCGCGAACAGUCGUCCAUGCUAAGGCUGCGGGUGCCUGGGGAGAAUUUGAGGUUACAAACGAUAUUUCCUGCCUCACGUCGGCCAAGUUUCUCAAUGGCGUUGGGAAAGAAAACGCCUGUUCUAUUUCGUCUGAGCACUACUGGCGGUGAAAAGGGUAGUGCAGAUACCGUCCGCGAUGUGCGAGGCUUUUCUGUCAAGUUCUUCACGGAGGAAGGUAAUCACGAUAUUGUAGGGAACCAUAUUCCGGUGUUUUUCGUUCGCGACCCUGUCAGGUUUCCUUCUCUCAACAGAAGCCAUAAGAGGCAUCCUGCCACCAACCGUCCGGACUGGACUAUGUUUUGGGAUUUCCACGCGAACCAGCCAGAAAGUGUCCAUGCUUUGAUGCACCUUUUUGGCACCCGUGGUAUUCCUGAUUCGAUCCGCCGAGUGACAGGGUUCGGUGUGCAUACCUUCAAAAUGGUGUCAGCCGAUGGUGGCUUCCGCUACUGCAAGUUCCACUUCCGGCCGACCCAAAAUAUAACCCACUUCUCUGACCAAGAAGCUACUCGCAUGGCUGGCGCAAACGGCGACUUCCACACCCAGGAUUUGUGGGACGCUAUUGCUCGGGGAGACUUGCCUGUCUGGAAGCUCUACGUACAGAUCAUGGAAACCGAGCAGGCUGAAACCUACGGCCGUGCUUUGUUUGACAUUACCAAAGUUUGGCCUCACAAGGACUUCCCCUUGAUUGAAGUUGGUCAAUUGACUCUCAACAAGAAUCCCGAGAACUAUUUUGCCGAAAUUGAGCAAGCGGCAUUUUCGCCUUCUAACAUGGUGCCUGGGAUCGCAAUGACACCUGACCCUAUGUUGCAGGCGCGCAUGUUCGCUUACCCCGACGCUCAACGAUACCGUCUAGGUGUUAACUACACACAGCUUCCACCAAACCGUGCCAUCUGCCCUGUAUACGCCCCAUUCGAGCGUGACGGCAUGGGAACUGUGACCCGAAACUAUGGUGGCGACCCGAACUAUGUACGGAGCUCACUGGGUACUGGUGUUCCUAGCCAAAUUGUUUCUAAUGUACGACACACCGAGCGCAUCGCGCGGAACGCUAUUCUCGGCCAGAAUGAGAUUCCGGUGGAUGACGAGGACUUCCUUCAGCCACGAGAGCUGUGGAACAGGGUCUUUGAUGAGCGCGAGAGAAGGAAGUGGGUCUCCAAUGUGUCGGAGACUCUGGAAGACGUUCCUGAUCAGCUCAGGGAUGCUGUCACUGCCAUGUUCAGCAAGGUCGAUCCCCGCAUUGGUCAAUUGUUAGACGCCAAGGCUAAGAACAGUUCGCGUCUCUAG